AUGUCGUAUCCAUUCACCGGUAAGAAUGUCAGUUUGAGCAAAGGUCCCGACCCCAAAACAUCGAUUCAAACUGAAAGAGAAGCUCAAAAAUUCAACCCACAAGCUGUGAACUACUUUUUGGAGGGUUCCAAAUACCGCAGUGAGUUGGUGCAAACCUUGACGCAACAAAUGGAAAGAGACCCCAUUUUGUUCACUGACGGUUCAUACUAUGACAUGACCAAAAACCAGCAAAGAGAGUCCACUGCUGCUAAAAUCAAUAGAUUGUCGAGAUACUUGGAAGGCGACUCACCUGAAACUUUUAUGAGAAGAUUGUCGUUGCUUAUGUUUUUCGAUCCAGCUGUCGGUACUAGAAUUGGUAUUAACUUGAUCUUGUUUCUCCAUUGUGUUAAAGGUAAUGGUACCCGCGACCAAGUUAAAUACUGGACCUCCGAUAAGUUCACCGACAAGAUUAGAGGUAUCUAUGGAUGUUUCG